UGUUGUCCAUAACUGAAGAGUCCACUCCCGACACCAUGUGUUACUAUAGCAGAUACUAUGGAGGCCUGGGCUAUGGCUAUGGUGGCCUAGGCUAUGGCUAUGGCUAUGGAUGUGGCUAUGGCUGUGGCUGUGGUGGCUAUGGUGGCUAUGGUGGCUAUGGUUAUGGUUGCUGCCGCCCACUGUGCUGUAGAAGGUACUGGUCCUAUGGCUUCUACUGAGGAGUUUCUACAGCUUCUCAGUCUAUUGGCUAUGACCUGCUGUCCUACUGGAAGUAUCUCCAGCUCAAAUCAUGAAUUCUUAAAUAUCUUCAAAACGUCCAACAUUAUACUGAACUAUGAGCAAGAUGAAUGGACAGCAGUGUGUCAAUCUUACUCCUCAUCUUCAGGUGGACUGUGUGACAGCUCAUAGGGAAAAAAGUUCUUCAUAAUCUUCAUAAUUCUGGUCCAGUAGAGAAAUUACCUGUGGGGAAAUACAUGCUUCUGAAUAAAGUAUUUCUUUGAAAAUA